AUUUCAAUAAGAGAAACUCAAAUUUCCACUCCAUUGCGUCCGGCACACUAGAUUCUCAACGUCCCUCUCGAUCUCCUCUUUCAAAAGAAGAUUUGGUCGCUUCUUCUUCUUUGCUGCUGUCCGCUGUCAAACCAGGUUGCCGCCGCUGCCUGGUGCCAUUCCAGCUCAGGCGGCCCCGUUUUUCCCAGUUUCUAAAUUAAGAAAUCCUCCUGGAGUGUAAAUGCUCCGGCAACUAUCCAUUGGUGCUUUUGUGCCAUGGACUCCACUAAACAAGGGCACUUCACUAGCUCCGGCAGAAAAUAAGUCGUUUGAUACUCCAUUUCCAAGAUCAACUUUCCAUGGACAAAAGUUUCAGGUUCGCCUUGUGUAUAGCAAAGCUAAUUCCAUAUUGAGACCUGAAAUAUUCUGUGGAUAUGGAAGGACUAACCAUCAUCGAAGGGUGAAGAAGCAUGAGAUAUUACCCCAGAAUGUGGAUCUUCCACCAGUGUUGCCAAAGAAGAAGAAGAAGCCCUUUCCCAUUCCCCUGAAGAAGAUUGUGGAAGCAGCAAGAGAGGAUAAGAAGCUUGCACAAAUGGGGAUUGAGAAACACCUCGAGCCUCCUAAGAAUGGAAUACUUGUACCCGACCUGAUACCAGUGGCUUAUGACGUACUUGAUGCUUGGAAAGUUUUAAUUAGUGGACUAGCGCAGCUUCUGCACGUUGUUCCAGUCCAUGCUUGCAGCGAGUGUUCAGAAAUUCAUGUUGCGCAGGUUGGUCACAAGAUUCAAGACUGUCAUGGCUCAACUAGUGGAAGCCGCAGAAAUUACCAUUCAUGGAUAAAGGGUUCCAUCAACGAUGUUCUCACCCCCAUCGAAUCAUACCAUAUGUAUGAUCCAUAUGGCCGGCGAAUUAAGCAUGAAACCAGAUUCAGCUAUGACAGGAUUCCUGCGGUAGUUGAACUCUGCAUCCAAGCUGGGAUCGAGUUGCCAGAAUAUCCUUCAAGAAGGAGAACAGAACCAAUCCGAAUGCUCGGUAAGAAAGUUAUCGACAUUGGCGGACAUGUUGAUGAACCAAAACCCUUCCUACCAGGUAGUCCAGGGUCACAGAUUGUUGAGUUCGACACCUACCGAGCCCUGGAGCGGUUUCCUCCCCCAACGGAGCAGGAGGUCCCUAUGGUCGCGCAGGCGACAAUCAACGCGUACGAGAAAGUCAGAUGGGGCGUGACGAAGCUGAUGAGAAAAUACAGCGUCAAGGCAUGUGGGUACUGCUCAGAAGUGCACGUGGGGCCAUGGGGCCACAACGCGAAGCUCUGUGGAGAGUUCAAGCAUCAGUGGAGGGACGGGAAGCACGGGUGGCAAGACGCGACGGUUGAUGAGGUGUUCCCGCCUAAUUACGUGUGGCAUGUGGAAGAUCCGAAAGGGCCACCAUUGAAGAGCGCGCUCAAGAGUUUCUAUGGCAAGGUUCCAGCGGUGGUCGAGGUGUGCGCGCAGGCGGGUGCUCAUGUGCCUAACAAGUACAAGCCAAUGAUGAGGGUUGACAUUGUGGUCCCAGAAGAUAGAGAGGCUCCCUUCGUUGCCUAGCGCCUUUGGAUGCAUAUAGAUUCAAGGUUUUCCCCUCUCUCUAAAUGCACUUAUUGUACAUAUAGAUUAUGACAUUACUCUUUAGGAUCUGGCCAGUAUUGUUUACUAUAUCUAGAAAAAAUAAAUUCUGAAAAUUCAAUUCAA